GAGGUAUAUAUCAUCAAAAAGUCUUCAAUUUUGAACCUCAACAUUCUUCUGCACCUUUAUAUUCUUUUCUUCCUUUCUAUCUCUCUCUCUCUCCCGUCUUCUUAGAGUCGCUUCCGUAUUCACAUGCAAAUUUACACUCAAUAAUACACAGAGUUGGCGUGCAAGUACGGACUGUGAGCGCACGCAAAUCUGUUGAGCGAUUCUCGAAUAUAUUUGAAGAAGAUCUGAUAAAAUUUAACCGACAAUGCCACAGACAAGAACAGUUCAAGUUAAUCAGGUUUCAGAUCUAGCUACCGAGAGAGAAAUUCACGAGUUCUUUUCUUUCGCCGGUGAAAUUGAGCACAUUGAGAUCCGCAGAGAGACUCCGCAGUUCAAAACUGCGUUUGUCACUUUUAAAGAUCCAAAGGCGCUUGACAUCGCCCGUUUUUUAUCGGGUGCAACAAUAGUGGACCAGGUUGUUAGCAUCACACCUUCAGAAAAUUAUGUACCUCAACAAGAGACUUGGGAAGUACAAACCAGUGAAAACACUGCAAGCAUAUCUCAGGGGAAUGUUUCUCCAGUUGCCGAGGGAAAUGUGAGCCCAAACAAUGAGAGAGUGUAUGUUAGUAAGGCCCAAGAUGUUGUGUCAAGUAUGAUUGCAAAAGGCUCAGCCAUUGGUCAGGAUGCCGUAAACAAGGCUAAAGCAUUUGAUGAAAAGCACAAGUUGACUGCCAGUGCAUCAGCCAGAGUUAUUUCAUUUGACCAGAGAGUUGGGCUAACAGAGAAAUUUACUGUUGGAAUUUCGGUUGUAAAUGAGAAAGUGAAAUCUGUGGAUCAAAAGUUCCAGGUGUCAGAUAAAACCAUGUCAGCUCUUAUGGCUGCAGAAAGGAAAUUAAAUGAUACCGGAACAGCUGUAAAAUCUAGCAGGUAUGUAACAGCUGGAACAAGUUGGCUGAAUGGUGCCUUCACCAAAGUGGCAAAGGUUGGCCAGGUAGCUGGUUCAAAAACUAGAGAAAAAUGGAAUAUGGCACUGUCUAAUUUAACAGCCAAGGAUCCCCCUAUUGCAGCCUAAGUUGAUGUAGAUGGAGUGUCAAAGAAUGCUUGCCCUUCUUGUGAUGGCUUGGUUUGGAUGAUUGUCGAUGUGUCUAGUUUGGAGUUUCAUGCGUGAGAUAGUUGAAAAGUAGCUUCAUUCUUCGUCUGCAUAUUCAAGCAACUCGUUGAAUUUUUACAUUUAGUUGUGGAGUUGAUUCCAUUGUUCAUAUUUUCUCAAUUUUGUGUGGUUUGCGUCUGUAACUGUGCAGUAUGUGAGUCUAUAUUGGACUAAUGGACUCAUAUUUCCCUUUUCAUAAAA